UCGGUGGUGUUUCAUCUGCAGCAGUGGGUGCCCAAUGACUGUGUUCAAUUGCCGAUUAUAGCCGACACAUUGCAAAUACUGCAAAAUGAGUGUACUCGAAACGGAUUAUUUUCCUGAAGAAAUACACAAUGCUACCAAUCGAACAUAUGACAACGUCUAUGAUUUAUACGCAGGUGACGAAGAGCAAAGCUUCAUGAUCAAGUUUGGAAAUGGCUUCUACUUCUUCGUUACUCCAGUUAUUCUGAUGGUGGGGUUAUGCGGUAAUUCUCUUUCACUGUGUGUGUUUUUCUCUAAGAAAAUGAGACGGAUGUCAGCAAGCAGAUAUUUAGCGGCAUUGUCAAUAUGCGACUUAAUGACUUUGAUAUUUUACGUGCUGAGUGAAUGGCUACGACGUGGAUUACCGACGAUAGCUCCGGGCUAUUAUGUGUCGUUCUUGGAUACACCAGUGGUAUGCCAAGUAUGGCUUCAUUUCAGUUACCUAUCGCGAUUUUUAUCUGCUUGGCUUAUCGUAACCUUCACAUGUGAACGUUUUAUUGGUGUGUGUAUGCCACUGCGGCGGCGAAACCUAGGAUCCCUCAAAGAGACUAACAGAAUCAUUACAAUACUGUUAGUUCUUUCGUGUGUCCUUGCUAUAUACAAACCGCUAACAAGUGAGGUUCGGACAAUAAAUAACAUGACCGCAUGUACAAGUAAAGUUUCAUUUGAAUUUGAAGCGUUCGUUUUGGACAGCUUGUAUGCGCUGAUUAUAACACUUGUUCCGUUCGUUAUUAUAUCCACGUUGAACAUUUUAAUUAUUAGAAAGCUUCUUAACCGAAAGAGGAAAAACAAGUUCAAUUUGGUCACAGAGGAAAAUUCUAUAAGAUUAGAGUUUACAUUUAUUUUGUUAGCAAUUUCAUUUUUCUUUAUUGCGUUGAACUUGCCGUUUUUCUCCAUGUGGGUAAAACAGUUUUUGCAUUCGCAUUACUUGCACUCAACAUUGGACCACACGGAUGAUCUUAGCUUUGAAUAUUGGCAAGGAGUAACAAAAAUUACGCGAACAAUUUUCUACAUAAACUAUUGCAUCAACUUUUUCCUUUACAGUAUCACAGGGGCUUGUUUUAGGAGACAAUUACGAGCACUUUUCAGCCGAUCUCGUAAUUCUCGCAGAUCAUUGCAUCGAUACCAACCUACUGGAUAUGGCACACAAUCGACGAAUGUAAGGUCCAGAACUUCGCGGGUAUAAUGAACAUGUAAUGUAUUGUUGCAAGAGCAAUGAAGUGCGAGUUAGUUAUUAAUUAUAAUGAUUAAAUAACACUAAGCCUCUUUUACUUACAUUUAUAUUGCGUCCACAAGACGUGAUGUUUUAUAUGUGUUUAAAAAAGUGUUUGCGGAACCGAGCGCUGCUUUAUUUAUCUUAAACGACAAUCGAGUGUAUGCGUAAACAAAUUUAAAGAGGAUCAUAUCGGGUCAUAUUACUCGUGAUGGAUUAGAAAACGAUAGCCUUAUACGUAGAUUAAUAUUGCUAGAAUAUUUUUACAGAUAAACAUGUUACUACAGAUCAAGCGUUUGCGAUAUUGUAACUUUCCUAAUAAAAAAAUAUGUAUGGAUUUGUUACAAAAGCAAUCUGCAGAGUUGAAUCAAUCCUGGUUCAAGCAGCUGUGUAACUUUGUACGUACGUACAAAAAAGUACAAGAAAGUACUAAAUUUAAAAUCUUCUUGUAAUAAUGAAUGUAACAAAGAUCUAUGUCACUUAUGAAAUUAAAUCUUAUCAAAUGAUCCGGUUGUAAAUACGUGUAUACUAGGAUCGUUAAUAUGUUAUUAAUCGACCCUUGUCUGUAAGAAUUUUAGCGAGCAUAUCCUCUCGCAAGAAGAUCACAUCAGCUCGAUGCUAACUAGCAUUAAUUGAUGCAAUCAAGUUGAGCAAACAGCGAGACGGAAUACGUAAAUGCUCAUUUAAACCCUCAUUAAAACGUACAUCAAGUGAUGAUUGUUCACAAAACAGAUAUAACCCAAAAUGCAGAUGUUAUUUUAUAUGUUACCAUUAUCAUCUCGCUCUUACAUGCAACAAAAUUGCUGCAAUUGUUCCGUCAGAACUUAAGUGAUGUUAGCAUAGGUCGUAUAUAUUUAUUAACUAAAACAUAUUGUUGUAUGAUAGCAUACUUAAGGUUAUAAUUCUUGUAGGAUUUUACUCAUUUGCGAUUAUUGUUAUUCCCUACAGCAGAAAUAUUACGCAUUCAUCACUUAUAAUGUACUUACAUUUGUAUUUAACCCCUCCUGUAAUAACUAUAUUAAUACAUAAUAAUAACAUUGUCAAUAUUGCAUUAAACAUGACCGUUUCUUUGCUGUUUGUUUAGUGAUAUUCUAGCGAAGCUCACAGUCCGUUAAUGUUUUAAAUGUGAAUUCGUGUGUACUAGCACGUGCCGACUGCCUUGUGAUUGCAUUUGGGAUUUGUUGAGUGAAAGUCAAAGUUAUUUACGUUUGGUUUCAGACACAUAUCUUUGGUUUGAUUGAUGAAUGGAAUUGUGUUUAUAUGCAGAUUGCAUGCAGACCUAUUGUUGAUUAUA